CAUAUCACGCUGAAUUAUCUCCCAGCAGACUUCAAUAAACACCAAAAAGACGUGUUUAGCUCCUAUUCUCGUCUGCAAGAUUAAAAUGGACCAAAAAUGGCUUCUGAUUCUGGUGAUCGUGGUGUCUUGUCAGAAAUUUACUCCAGGAGCUGCCAAAGACCAAAUAGCAAAGGAAGGACAGAAGGUUGAAAUAUACUGUAAACCUGAACACACAACGGGGGCCAGCAUGGUUGUCUGGUUUCGAGUCCUGAGCAAUUUUCGCAUGGAAUUCAUUGGGUCUUUCAGCACAAGUGGCAUACCAAAGACAGUGACAGCAAACUUUAACGAGCUCUACACUUACGCAAAUGAUCGUCUAACACUGAGGUCCUUCAAAAAAACCGAUACUGGCCAAUAUGGCUGUGCGACACUUUACCAAGGUACUAAAAUGGAUUUUGGAGACGUAACACAAAUAUCUGCAGAAAAAACUGUAGUUAAAACUGAAGCACCACCAACAUGUACCACCACACAGAGUGUGCCCAAAAUUACAACCUGUGCUUGUGAAGGCAAGAAAGGAGGAGAAUGGGAGUACAGUUCUGCUAUUACUUGUAGUCCAAUAAUGCUGGGAGCUCUUGCUGGUGGCUGUGGCCUUUUUCUUCUACUCCUCAUCAUCACCAUCUUGUACUGCAAUCGGAUAAGGACACGGAGAUGCCCACACCAUCACAAAAGAAGACCUCGAACGGCGCCUCCUGCAAAAGAAGCGAUGCCCGGCAGAUAUGUUUAAUCUAAAUGGUGAAAUUUCAGACACUUCUUUGCUUUCAUGCUAUUGCUGCAUCUUCUCAUCCUGUUUGCUAAAGUCAACCUAAAACAUUUUCUUUGUUUGUGAAAAUAUAAGAUGGUUUUAAAGUGGUUGUGUAUUCAGCGCAUAAAUGGAAAGCCUUUUAUUGCCAACAGUGAGUUAUAAUUUUCAUGUGGCUUGAUGGCUAACAACACUGUUUUGUCACAGGUAGAUUGAACCCUUUUAAUGAUAACUGUGUGGUUUAAAGAGUUUAUUUUGCAAAUCCACAUCGAUUCUUAUGGUUACGGGUACGACUGAAGAUGAUCCUGAGAAGCAUAUUCAUUUUGUUUCUGAAC